GAGAGGGAAGACAGCAAGUGUCCAGAGAGUACAACACUCGCUCUCAAGCCUGUUGUUUACCUGCAGUAACUAAACCCAGCAGCAGAUUUCAGACUUUAAUACCCACUCGUUUUAGGAUGGAUUGCUGUACUGCUGAUAAGGAAGAAACCUGCACAAAGCACGAGGAGGAGGAUAUUCUCGAUAUCCCACUGGAUGACGAGGAGGCUAAUGCAGCUGCUGCCAAAAUCCAGGCGAGUUUCCGUGGCCACAUGACCAGGAAGAAGCUGAAGGGGGGAGAGAAGGAAGAGGCUGAGCAGAAGGCAGAUGGCACGCCGGACUGA